CAAAGUUGGCGCAGAACCGAUUUGUGCUCGCGGUGCUUCACACUCGUAAGCGAUCUUUUCGGUAAAGCUCAUUUUGCGCGAAACUCAGUUUCGGAAAGCUAAACUGAAUUAAAAAGCGACUGAAAUGAGUAAGAAAGACAACGGUGCGGCGCUAAUUCUCGCCUAUCUGAAUGAGAAGAACCGUCCUUACAGCGCUCAGGAUGUCUUCUGUAACUUACAAAAACAGCAUGGACUUGGCAAAACGGCAGUGGUCAAAGCCAUGGAGCAUCUGGCUCUAGAGGGCAAGAUCAAGGAGAAAACCUACGGGAAGCAAAAGAUUUAUUUUGCUGAUCAGGCUCAGUUCAAAGAUGUAAAUGAUGCAGACUUGAAGACGAUGGAUGUUCAGAUCUCGGAGCUCAGCACUGAGGUGCAGUCCCUGACUCAGACCUGCAGACAUCUCGAGGCAGAACUGAAGGAGCUCAGCAGCUCCCUCACGACAGAGGAAAUGACAUCAGAGAUCAAAGCACUGAAGGCGGAGUGUUCCAGAUACAAAACACGACUGGAGAAAAUCAAGUCGGCCGCAAAUCACGUCACACCAGAAGAGAAAGACAAGGUGUAUAAAGAACGGACUGUCUAUGUAAAAGAGUGGAAAAAGCGGAAGCGAUUGGCUUCAGACAUGAUAAAUGCAAUUCUGGAGGGAUAUCCUAAGAGCAAAAAGGAGUUCCUGGAUGAAGUUGGGGUUGAGACCGAUGAGGACUGUAAGGUGGCCGUGCCAAAUACUUAAAACGAUUCCUGACUGUGAGUCCAUGUGAAGCUUGGCUCAGAAAUGACAAGAAUGGUUUGAACUACCCCACAUACUUUAUAACUUAAAAAUAAAAGCACAAAAAGUACUUUAGUAGCAAGUCAACAAAAAAUAUUCACAAUUUAAGAUGUACCACUGAAAGUAUUCUUUGACAACAUUGGCUUAUUUUAUAAAACCAAGGGUCUGACAGUCAAAAUAUCAGGUGGGGUACUCGUUAUGGCUUAGCAUUUUUUUUUUUUUUUAUAGCUGUUCAUAAUAUUUGCUGGAAAACUGUAUAAUUUGGUUGGGGUCUGACAGUUUUUUUUUUUUGUGUGUGUGUCAGUCUGUUGUAACCAUUAAAAUGGCUCUUAACUGUAAUGUCUUAAACUGCCCAUUUCCUUAACAUUUUUUUAAGCUGUGAUUGCUGAAAGGAUUAUCAAUUUGCUUUGUUCUCUAGCUACUCAUUUAUUUAUACAGUUUAAAGCACAUGAAACUGAAACCAUAAGACAGCUUGUUUUUAUUCAGCUCUCCUCCAGAAACCUGACUGAUGCAGGAUGGUUUUACACAUUGUAAAACCAUGUGAUGCUUUAAUUACAACACCACAUGACAUAAUGAGGUACUGGGAACCAAAGGAAACAAAGACAAACUACUGCAAUUUGAAAUUCUUUCAUUAAAAAAAAAAAUGUACAAGAAGUUCAAAUACUGCAAACACUGCCCACAAGUGAAACAACUGCAGUUUAGUAGCACAUUCUUUUUACAAUCAAUAUCCCUGAUUUUAAGGAUGAGGAACAACAAAAGCAACAAAAUUAAAUAUCCAACUGGUACAAGUUUCACAUGAUAGUCAGUGCCUGAAUUUAACCCACAGCGCCGUCGGUAUUUUCUGGAUUUGACUACAUUAAUAAACUCCCCUUUUAAUGUACUUUUAGUGUAAUGCCCAUGGGUUUCACAUCCAAAUGUUCAGAACAGUCUCAGCUUUCUGAAGGUGAGACAUACGUAUCCAGAAAACUGGGGAAAGAUACGAUCUGUUUAUAUACAAUUUGACCAGAAUGUAGGAGAGCAUCAUUAGGGCUCUGAGGGUUGAUCAGAACAUCUUUACAAUGGUGAUGAAGAGCAGAUGAGUAUUUUCUAUUCCUUGGUACAACCUGUUGAUGGUGUUGAUAGACAAUGCCAGUUGCCUCCAAUGUAGCCACUACAAGUGUCAGCUGACAGACUGGACUGUCAGUCUUCAUUUUGAACAUCAAAAGGAAAAGGGUGUGGCCAGAAACCUGUCAUCAGUAAUUGGACCGGCACAGCAACUGGAUGGAACUACAGUGACGUCUGAGUGGCAACCCCCGCCCAAAGCCUUGGCUGCACUUGACAUUCCAGUGGUAGUUCUCUGGCGUUUUUGCAUUGACCUUGUUUGCGUCAGACUUUUUUUUUUUUUUUUAAGUUUGGUUUGAACCGGAAUAGGCAUUGAAGGUGCUUUGAACCACAGUCUGGACAAAGAGAGGUGGUCUCGUUCAGGAUCAAACACUUUUUGGAUAGUCUGGACAAAUUAAAAGAAAGGAGGCAGGUUAUGGCCACCCAUUAAACAUGAGAGGAAGUCUGACCUGAAUGAAUACGCUGCAAAUUGAGUAAGAGAGAUGGGGGGGAAGGUGCACGCUGGUGGUGCCUCAGAACCAGGCUGGAGAACUUUUAGUUUUUACAACGAUAAGUCACAUUUUCGUUAUCUGGUGAAUUUAGCAAACAGUUCGUGCACAUCAAACUGGAGCAGUCAGAAGAAAUACGGAGUGUCAGCAGCAGAUAUUCUGCAAUCAGG